CGCUCACAGUAUAGGGCGUGACCGCAUUUCCGCAUGGCUCAAGUUGAGGUUUUAAUGUAAUUAAGGAGUUGUGUGAGUUAUUAGGAUAGAUUUUUGUCAUUUUUCGCUUUUAAUUUGUCUUUCUUUCCAACUUGAGUUGUUCAAGAUAGUAGGAUGCAGGCAAUAAGAAACCUCUUCCGGGGCCCAUGGACGAGUGCCGAGAGACUGGAAGGCAAGACGGUGCUCAUUACCGGGGCCAACACCGGCAUUGGCAAGGAGACAGCGGUUGAUUUAGCCGGACGAGGGGCCAAGAUCAUUAUGGCGUGCAGGGACAUGGAUAAAGCCCAGGCCGCCACCAAGGAGGUCAUAGAACGUUCCGGCAAUGACAACGUCGUUUGCAUGAAACUCGACCUGGCCGACAGCAAAUCCAUCAAAGAGUUUGCUCAGGCCAUCAACCAAGGGGAGUCAAAACUGAACAUCCUCAUUAACAACGCGGGUGUGAUGGUCUGUCCUUACGGGAAAACGGCUGACGGCUUUGAGAUGCAGAUUGGCAUCAAUCACAUGGGUCACGUCCUGCUUACCUAUCUGCUCCUGGACCUGAUCAAGCGUUCAGCACCAGCCAGGAUCGUCACCGUGUCAUCCAUGGCUCACUCGUGGGGAACCAUCAAGUUGGACGACAUCAACAGCGAAAAGCAUUACGACAAGCAAAAGGCGUACUCUCAGAGCAAGCUUGCCAACGUGCUGUUCACGCGCUCGCUGGCCAAACGCCUCCAAGGCACCGGUGUGACGGCGUACUCCCUCCACCCGGGCAUGGUCCAGACAGACUUGUGGCGUCACCUGAACGGGCCCCAGCGCUUCCUGAUGAAGUUGGUGAGCCCCUUCACCAAGUCGUCGGAAAAGGGCGCCAAGACCACCAUCUAUUGCGCCGUGGAUCCGGCACUGGAGAACGAGAGCGGCGGCUACUACAGCGACUGCGCCCCCGCCAACUGCUCGGCGGAGGGUAAAGACGACGCCUUAGCGCAGAAGCUGUGGGAGCUGAGCUGUCAGAUGCUUAACAUUACGUGGGAGUGACCAUGGCUUCUGUUUACAAUUCAACAAUUUCUAACUCUAGAUUCGAAAUAUGUUUACAUUUUCUACUUGUUCUGUUAUAUUUAGUUACAUUAAAGCAAAUCUGAUGCCUUCA